UUCCCCUUGGUCAUAUCGCCAUGAAGCAAUAACACCUAAAGGCCUGAAUUAUCGCACUCGACACGUAGCAUGCCAUGGAGAUUACAGAAUCUCCAGACUGCCCCAAGGCUCGUCAAGCCAUCGCCGUGCCACUACGGAAAUCGACAACACCUGCCUGGCUGUCGAGCACUUGUCCAAAUUCGCCAUGAAUCCAGCACGUCCAAAACAUCCGGAAGUAUCCCGGGGUCACCCUCGUCGUCCCGCCGUCACCCCGAGGGUUCUCGCGCCACAGAAGACAACCCUUCGCCGUCGAGCCACGAAGAAAAAGCCAUCGACCCCCGGCUUCCCGACCUCGGCCGCCUGAUCCAAGGCGACUAUGCGGCGUUCAAAACUCACUACUCGACACCGAGAUACCCCAUCGUCCUGGCACACGGCCUUUUGGGUUUCGACGAGUGGCGACUCGCCGGGCCUUACCUCCCCAGCAUCCAAUACUGGCGGGGGAUCAAGGAGGCUUUCGCGCGCAACGGGAUCGAAUGUAUCACGACGACGGUGCCACGGACGGGGUCGAUCGAGACCCGCGCGGCGGCCCUGUCCGAACAAAUCGCCCGGCACGCCGCAGGACGGUCCGUCAACAUCGUCGCGCACAGCAUGGGCGGGCUGGACGCUCGAUACCUCAUCUCGCGAGUCCGCCCUACGUCGUUCCAGGUGCGAAGCUUGACCACCGUCGCCACCCCGCACCGCGGGUCGAGCGCCGCCGACAUGCUCUUCCGGGACAUCGGCCCGGACCUCCUCCCGCGCCUGUACGCCAUCCUGGAGAAGAUGCGAGUCGACUCGGGGGCGUUUGCUCAACUCACCACCACCUACGUCAACGGCCACUUCAACCCGGUCGUCCCCAACGACCCGGACGUGAGGUACUUCAGUUUCGGGGCCACGGCCUCCCCCCACCUGCUGUCCGUCUUUCGACUCUCGCACGACCUGAUGGAGGUCAUCGAGGGGCCCAACGACGGCCUGGUCAGCGUCCGGAGCAGCCGAUGGGGCGAGUACAAGGGUACCCUGGACGGCGUGACCCAUCUCGACCUGAUCAAUUGGACGAACCGUAUCAAGAGGGUCGCCUCGCGCUUGGGUAUCGUGACGGAACGAUUCAACGCCGUGGCUUUCUACCUCGGUGUCGCCGACAUGUUGGCCAAGGAGGGAUUAUAAUCGAGUCUUUCUUAAAACCAAUUCUUUACGGAGCAUAAUUUCUUGUCAAAAUAUGAUCUCUUGUUCUAAAUGUAUUGUUCUUUUUGGGUACACAAGUCCGUAUGUAAAGUCGAUAUACAGGACCAUGUAUAUAUGUUCAGAAAUCAUAUCAUGUGCAACGUUACCUAACCA